AUGGAGAUCAAUACUAAAUCUUUUACUCUUAUGUUGGCUCUUUUAUCCUUCUUUCAUCUUUCUAUAGUUUCUGGUCGUAAAAGUAUAAAUGGCUUCACUCUAGAUCUUAUACAUCGCGAUUCUCCUCAAUCACCUUAUCAUGAUCCAUCAAAAACACCAUUUGAACGCCUUCAAAAGGCCUUCCAUCGAUCAUUCUCCCGUGCUUCCUUUUUGGGGAGGAAAAGUGUUGAUUCAAUCGAAUCGACCCUUACACCAAACAAAGGUGAAUUCCUCAUGAAAAUAGCCAUUGGUACUCCCCCAAUAGACACUUUUGUCAAUGCUGACACUGGUAGUGACUUGACAUGGACACAAUGUGAGCCUUGUUACAAUUGUUUCAAACAAUUGACACCUAUUUUCAAUCCCAAGAAUAGCUCAUCUUAUAAAACUAUUAAUUGUCACAAUAAACUUUGUCAAGGGUUACUAUGUGACAAUAAUACAUGUAAUUAUGAAGUGCGUUAUGGUGAUCGAUCCCACACUAUGGGUGAUCUUUCUAUUGAAACUUUCACAUUUGCUUCUACUUCUACUCAAAAUGUUUCAAUUCCUAACAUUGUGUUUGGUUGUGGACAUAACAAUGGUGGCACAUUUAGCAAUGCCACUUCUGGUAUCUUUGGCUUAGGUGGUGGCAAUGUAUCAAUUGUCAACCAAAUGCAUAAUGAAAUCAAAGGAAAAUUUUCUUAUUGUUUGAUCCCAUUGGAAUUAUUGUUAGAUAGUUCCAAUGCAACUAGUCACAUCAACUUUGGUGACAAUGCUGUCGUGUCUGGUCCUGACGUCAUUUCAACUCCCGUCUAUAAAAAGGAAUCACCUACAUUCUACUAUCUAAAUUUGAAAGGUGUCAGCAUUGGAAACAAGACGUUGGGAUUCAUAUCUUCUCCGAGUUCUCGUCCUGAAUAUGAUCGAGGCAACAUUAUAAUUGAUUCUGGCACAAUGUUGACUUAUGUGCCUGAUGAAUUUUACUCGAAUUUGGAAUCGUUGUUGAUCCGUUCGAUCAAUGCUACUAGGAAGCAUGGUACUUAUAUGGGACUUGAUUUGUGUUAUGAGUCUAGUGAGAAUGGUACUAUUGAUGUUCCAAAGAUUGUUGCACAUUUCACAAAUGCAGAUUUAGAGUUGUCAACUUCAAACAUUUUUUCACAAGUGGAGGAAGUUUCUGAUAGUAAAGAUGUAAAUGGCUUCACUCUAGAUUUUAUACAUCGCGAUUCUCCUCUUUCACCACAUAACGAUCCAUCAAACACUCCAUUUGAACGUGUUCAAAAGGCCUUCCAUCGGUCAUUCUCUCGGGCUUCCUUUUUUCGAGGGAAAGGUGUUCAAUCGACUCUUACACCAAACGAAGGUGAAUUCCUCAUGAAAAUAUCCAUUGGUACAACCCCAAUAGACACUUUUGUCAUUGCUGACACUGCUAGUGACUUGACAUGGACACAAUUGAUUUAUGGUGACCUAUCUCAUACUAUUGGUGAUCUUUCUAUUGAAACUUUCACAUUUUCUUCUACUUCUAGUCAAAAUAUUUCAAUUCCUAAUAUUGUGUUUGGUUGUGGACAUGACAAUGGUGGCACAUUUCCCAAUGUCACUUCUGGUAUCAUUGGCUUAGGUGGUGGCCAUGCCUCAAUUAUAGUUCCAAUGCAACUAGUCACAUACGCUGUCGUGUCUGGUCCUGACGUCAUUUCAACUCCCAUCUAUAAAAAGGAAACACCUACAUUCUACUAUCUAAAUUUGAAAGGUGUCAGCAUUGGAAACAAGACAUUAGAAUUCAAAUCUUCUCCGACUUCUCAACCUGAAUAUGAUCGAGGAAACAUUGUAAUUGAUUCUGGCACAACGUUAACUUGUGUGCCUGAUGAAUUUUACUCGAAUUUGGAAUCGUUGUUGAUGCUUUCGAUCAAUGCUACCAGGAAGGAUGAUCCCUUUAGGAGACUUGAUUUGUGUUAUGAGUCUAAUGAGAAUGGUACUAUUGAUGUUCCAAAGAUUGUUGCACAUUUUACAAAUGCAGAUUUAGAGUUGUCAACUUCAAACAUUUUUACGAAAGUGGUGGAAGGCAUUGUUUGUUUGACAAUAGUGCCAGGAGGAACAAAUCAAAUUUCUAUAAUUGGAUAUGAUCUUAAGGCCAACAAAUUGUCCUUUAAGCCUACAGAUUGCACUAAGCACUAA